GGGACGCCAGCGCCAGUGCCAGUGCGGGCCACGCCGGCUCGCUCUCUCUGUCCCUCUCUUUCCGGAGCUUUUCCUUUCUCUCCCGUCUGUGUUCUGGGUCUGAAUUCAUCCAGGGUCCAAGAUGACAAUCCGACACCAAGGCCAGCAGUACAGGCCGAGGAUGGCAUUUCUGCAGAAGGUAAGGAAACUGAAGCUAGUAAGGACCAAGACUGGAAGAACUGUCCGCCUCCAGAUACAGCGAAGCUGGAAAGGUGCUUCCGACUUUGCUGCAGGAGUAGCGGAGGCAGCCAGGAGGAGAGGGCCCCGGGUCUGAGACUGAAGGAUGCCGCAUCCGGGCUUCCGCUGGGCCCAGAAGAGGCAGAAGGAAGACCUAAGCGGCGGGCGCGGCGUUUGCCAGAGCAGAGAUUGAAGCAUCAGUAAAAGACAUGGAGAAUCAGAGAUGGGGGUCAAAGUGCAAAGCCAGAGGGUCCUAUAAUCAGGGGCCCUUGCUCCUGUGGCUCAGACCAGAUUGAAACUCUGGUGAAGGACAUGCAGGACCCAGAGACGGGGGUCAGGAUGCAGAGCCAGAAGAUCACGGUCGCCAGCGUCCCGCACGCCAUGACGGGAAAUGAGGUUCUGCAGUGGAUCAUCCAGCGGCUUUGGAUCUCCAAUCCGGAGGCACAGAACUUGGGCAACUUCAUUGUCAAGUAUGGCUACAUUUACCCCCUGCAAGACCCCAAGAACCUCGUUCUCAAGCCUGACAGCAGCCUCUACCGAUUCCAGACGCCGUAUUUCUGGCCCACCCAGCAGUGGCCGGCCGAAGACACAGACUACGCUAUUUAUCUGGCCAAGCGAAAUAUCAAGAAGAAAGGGAUUUUAGAAGAAUAUGAAAAGGAAAAUUACGAUUUCUUGAACAGAAAAAUUAACUACAAGUGGGACUUUGUGGUCAUGCAGGCCAAAGAGCAGUACCGGGCUGGAAAGGAAAGGAAUAAAGCGGACAGGUAUGCGCUGGACUGCCAGGAGAAGGCGUACUGGCUGGUGCACCGAUGCCCUCCAGGAAUGAACAACGUACUGGACUAUGGCCUGGACCGAGUGACCAAUCCGAAUGAAGUUCAGGUAAACCAGAAACAAACGGUCGUUUCUGUCAGGAAAGAGAUCAUGUACUACCGACAGGCCUUAAUGAGGUCCACGGUGAAGUCCUCAGUGUCCCUCGGAGGGAUCGUCAAAUACAGCGAGCAGUUUUCGUCCAACGACGCCAUCAUGUCAGGCUGCCUCCCCAGCAAUCCUUGGAUAACAGAUGACACCCAGUUCUGGGAUUUAAAUGCCAAAUUGGUGGAGAUCCCAACCAAGAUGCGGGUGGAGCGGUGGGCCUUCAACUUCAGCGAGUUGAUCCGAGACCCCAAGGGGCGGCAGAGCUUCCAGUACUUUCUCAAGAAAGAAUUCAGUGGGGAGAACCUGGGAUUCUGGGAAGCCUGUGAGGAUCUGAAGUAUGGAGAUCAGUCCAAAGUCAAGGAGAAAGCAGAGGAGAUUUACAAGCUGUUCCUGGCCCCGGGAGCAAGACGGUGGAUAAACAUAGACGGCAAGACCAUGGACAUCACAGUCAAGGGGCUGAAGCACCCUCACCGCUACGUGCUCGAUGCGGCGCAGACCCACAUUUACAUGCUCAUGAAGAAGGACUCUUACGCUCGCUAUUUAAAAUCCCCAAUCUAUAAGGAAAUGCUGGCCAAAGCGAUUGAGCCUCAGGAAACCACCAAGAAGAGCUCGAGCCUCCUGUUCAUGCGGCGUCACCUGCGCUCCAGCCCCAGCCCUGUCAUCCUCAGGCAGCUGGAAGAGGAGGCCAAGGCUCGAGAAGCAGCCAACACGGUGGACAUUACCCAGCCGGGCCAGCACACGGCUCCCAGCCCCCACCUGGCCGUGUACACCGGGACCUGCGUGCCCCCCUCCCCUUCCAGCCCCUUCUCGCCUCAGUGCCGCUCCCCCAGGAGGCCCUUCCCCUCGCCCUGCCGCUUCAUCCGCCGGCCCAGCACCAUCUGCCCCUCACCCAUCAGAGUGGCAUUGGAGAGCUCCUCGGGCUUGGAGCAGAAGGGGGAAGCCAGCGGAUCCGGUGCCGGCCACGGGUCCUCGGAUGCUGAGACCAGCGAGACCUCCAGGGACCGGCCCCGGCCCCGGGCCCCUCCCCAGGCCCGCAUGGCUCUGUCCUUCAGCAGGUUUCUGAGACGAGGCUGUUUGGCCUCGCCAGUCUUUGCCAGGCUGUCACCCAAGUGCCCUGCUGUGUCCCAUGGGAAGGUGCAGCCCCUGGGGGAUGUGGGCCAGCAGCUGCCACGGCUGAAAUCCAGGAGGGUAACAAACUUUUUCCAGAUCAAAAUGGAUGUGCCGACGGGGAGCGGGACCUGCCUGAUGGACUCGGAGGACGCCGGGACAGGAGAACGGGGUGACCAGGCCAUAAAGGAGGUCAUCUGCCCCUGGGAGAGCCUGGCCGAGGGGAAAGCGGGCUGAGCCCUGGACCUUGGGCCGGGAAUUUGUUCCCACAGACUUGGCUGGAUGGGGCCACGGGGCAUGCUUACUUGGGAACCAAUGUGUAUUAAGAUCACUUUUGAGGGUUGGGGAGACACAAUGGGGUGGAUUAUGGAAAAGAGGGCUCUGGCUGGGCUCCCAAUGGCCAAGUCCUUCUCUUUCCCCCGACCUCUCCUCCCUUGGUCAGAAGAAAGUCAUGUGAACCAGAGGACUUUACUUACUGCCUUAACUCCAAUGAAAGGUUAACUUGUAAAA